UUAGAUAUUUAUGCUUUCCAAAUCAGUUGCUAACUGAAUUGUGCGUUAUAUUUCUGGGAGUCAUGUGAAACAUUACUACAUGCAUAGUCUUUGUGUGCACUAAAGGCAGAUAUUCUAUUUUAGAUUUUAGACUAAACUUUAAUUCUCCUCGUAUAGACCUCACGUCUUGUGUCAGUUUCGGAGUUUUGUCUGAAGGUGAUGGCGGAUGGCAAAAUAUGAUUUUUCUAUUUUUCGCAUAAAAUAAUGGCAUUGUAGACUGUAAACAUUCGUGGGACUAAUUUCGCUCGACGUGAAGUGCAUUUCCGAUAAUAGUGAACAUGACCCAAAUACGUUUUAAAUAGGUGUUCUCCCGUUUCAAGUGAAGGUUUAUUUUGGUGUAAUUGGGCUUAAUGGACAUGGCCCCAUUGCCCGAUAAUAACAAAACCACCCUUCAAACCCAACAAAACAAAGGUAAACCGCAAAAAGCCAAGGAACAGCCGCAUGAUGUUAAAAAUACUUCUGAAGAGCUUGGAGGCGAGUCUCAGAAUCCUAUAGAUAAACCCCAAAAUGUUAAAGAAGAUUUUCAGCAAGAUCAAGGCAAAUUUCAAAGUACUAAAGACCAGUUUCAGGUCUUCGGAACAGGGUCGCAAUAUUCUGUAGGAAAGUCUAUCAAUCCUAAAGACAAAACCCAAUGUGUUAAAGAUCAGUGCCAAGAUUCUGAAGGUGAAUCUCAGGAUGCGAGUGAUCAAUACCAGGAUGCUAAAGAUCAAUUCGACGAUUCUGAGGCCGACCCUGAGGACAACAAAGUUCGAACGCAGUGCUUUGAAGCCAAAUUUCACAAUUCUGCAUGCAACUCUUAUGACCCCAUAGGCAAGCCUCAUGCCGCUAAAGGUGAGUGCCAAGAAUCUGACGGUACCUAUCCAGAUGGCCAAGACGGAUUGGGCUCUGACAACUUUAGAUCGGGCAAACUCGAAGACAGCCAUGACGACUUGCAGGAUUAUCGGUUCCAGUCUCAGGGUGCUAAAAUCACAGUUCAAUCGUGUAAAGAUCUGUGCUCUCAGAGUUCUGUAGAUAAAACCUCUAUUGUUAAAGAUGACUCUGAAGGCGACUUGCAAGAUGUGAAUGAGCAGUUUGAAGAUUCUGAAGCUGAACCGUACGACGAUAAAAUCCAGUUUCAGGAUCGUGAGGCCAAGUCGCACGCUGCUGACGAUAACUCUCAGACACCUAUCGGCACAACACAGGAUGUUAAAGACGAGUUGAAAGCUUCUAGCGAAUCUCAGUGUGUGCAAGACCAACCGGUCUUUAAUAUACGGAGAGUUACAGAAGUCGGAAAAUCUGAAGAUGAACCGCAGGAUUAUAAUUUACGUUGUAUUGGUUCUAAAGUCAAGUCACAAAAUUUUGAAAUUCCUCAGAGUUGCACAGAUAGACCUCAUCAGUCAAAACUCGACGUUAAAGAUUUAGAUGGUGGAUCUUAUGAUGUUAUGCCCAAGCUUGAAGAAUCCGAUCUUCGGGAUCAAUACCCGAGUUCUGAUUCAAAAUUUCAAUCUUCUCAAAACGACCCACAAGAUCCCAUAGGUAAAUUUCUCUAUGAUACAAACCAGCCCCAAAGCUCUGCAAGUGAAUCUCUAGAGCCAUUGAUCAAACUCGAAGAUUCUGAAAACCGGCACCAAGAUUGUAACAUGCAGUCCGUGGGUUCUAAAGUGAAGUUUCAACAUUCUUUCGGGACUCUAAGAAACUGUACAGGUCAAGUUCAGGAUGCUCAAAAUAAGUCUAAUGAUUCUAAAGGCACAUCUCAGGAUGCGAAGGGUGAGUUUGAACAAUCGGUAGACGAAUGGCAAGCAACCAAAGGACGACAACCACAGUUUUGGAAUUGCUCCUCACCUUCUGAAAACCAAUCUAAGAAUUUUACAGACCAGUGUCAUGCUGUUGAAGUAAUACCUCAACAAUCGGAAGGCUAUCUCUCUUUUAAAGAUAUAGAUCAUGAUGUUAUAGACAUAUAUCAGGAAGAUAAAAUAACGGCUUCUGAAGAGAAAUCGUUGACAGCCAACCGACAGACUUUUGCAACCAAUUUUGAAUAUUUGGAUGACAAACGGCAGAAUGUUAUAGAUCAGUUACAAGAUUCCGAGCUACACGAUGGUGCUGAACAGUUUGGGGACUCUGCAGUUAGUUGUGAGAACGAGGCCCAAGAUGCGGCAGCUGGAUACCAAGAUGUUGCCGAUAAUACGCAAACUAUUAAAGAGCAGUCUGAACGUGCUAAACAAAAGUAUGGUUUGAAUUAUGGUGACUGCCGGGAAGAAAAGGAGAUAAUUGUCACACAUCUGAACGAUAAGGAGCUGAAGAGCUUGCUGGAUGAAGCUAUGUCUUAUAAGAAUCCCAGCGAUAGGCAAGGAAAGAGUGAACUCUUUAAUGAGUUGCUUCAAAUUGCUGAAAGAGACGAACUGGACCGUAGAGCAGCUGCUGCUAGUGGCCCCAAAAUAGUGCGCCACCACAACUUAAAGGCGCUGGAGAAGAGGAAAGCGACGAAUAGCCACGUCAAUAGUCACGGAGGGUCUUUAGAUAAUCUAUCCAAUAAAGAAAACUUUGAGCGACCUGGCUCCAAGUCUGGGACCGGCAAUAAUCCAGAGGAUUCAGUGAGCGCCAGAACCAAAGGAGGAGGCAGUCUUCCCAACGACAUGAAUGGUUCUGAGACUCGAGAAUUUAUAGGGGAAGCUGUUAAGCAGCAGAAGAUGAACGAAUUAGCAUUGAUUCCAUCUUCUCCAGAAGAAAUACCUCAGGACGAUUUAUCUGCCAGGGAUUACGAGGAAAGACUGAUCGAUGAGGGAGAGUGCAGUCAAGAGGUCGGUUUAUCUCCAGCGGAAAAUCUGUUAAUAUCCACGGCAACCAAGUAUACUACUCAAGCUACCAUACACAUACAAUCCCAUCGUGCCUCUAAUGUAGAUGAUCCUCUAGCUUUGACUGGUCUAGACGGUUCUGCCGUCGAAAGAAAGCCCGUGGAUAGUAGUAUGUUAGGAAAAGUAAUUCAGCAUAAUAAGGGCCUAAUAAAUCUGAAAACCACCAAUAUCGAGGAGAGGUUUAUAUUUUUUCAGAAAGUGGAUGAAAAUGGUAACGCACUCCAACAAAAAGAAAAGAAAAAAAAGAAGCAAACAGAUAAAAAUGUUGUACUUAUGAAGUCAGAACAUAUUCAAGGCCACAGGUCUGAAAUUAUAGACGAUGUGGAUGAAUUACUCCACUACAUCGAAGGCACCACUGACAACAUGAAAUCGCGUACCAUUCAGUCAAAGUCUAAACAAGUACAUAAGCAACAUCCUCCGGACGACGCAGGUUCCAGAGUCGGCAAAAAAAAGCAAUUCAAGUCCGUUUCAAAAGAUAGCGAUAACAAUUUGGAGGCGGAAAGUAGGCACGAGCUGAAGAAAAGCAAUUCUCUAGUUGAAAUUUCAGGAAUGAAAUCAGACCGAGAGUUUGAACGCUUUACUAAUAACAAAAAUAAACAGGAGAAGGAUAAAGAAAACGUGGCGCUUAGAGGUAAUAAACCAACAAUUGAUCGAAGUCGAGAGCGACGUUCUUGGGGAGACGUUGAGCCCAGUUCCUUCCAAACUCUCUACAACGCAUCCUCAUUGGAACACUUGGAAACAUCUGCUGAUAACUGGGAAGUUACUAGACCAAAGAAAAAGAGUAAAAAGCGCCGGAACAGUCUUAGCAGCGCGAGUGGGGCACGACAGAAUUCAUCUGCAAGUGGAGUGUCUUCUACUCGCAGCAAUGAGGAUCGAAGAUCCCGACGAGCCCCCUCUCCUGAUUUGGGAGUUGUGAGAGUUGGUGUGUCAAAUGCCAAGAUAACCAGGUCGAUGCCACACAGUGAGAAGAGUAAUGAUUCUUCUUCUGAUGUGGAUUCUGUUCGUUCAUUGCCUUUAGAUGGACCGAUUUCUUAUGCAGAUAUAGCUAAAAAUAUUGAAAAAAAGAAGCCAAGUCCUGAGAAACAAGAACGUGCUGUGCUUAUCAACAAAGACAAAAAUUCACAAUCCCAGAAAUCAGUUGAAGCAGAUUUAAGAAACUCUUCAUCUUCCUAUGUGCCUCCUCAGGUCUCAGUUCCUGUUGAAAAGUCACCAGCUGCACCCAUUAAAGAUAGUUUAAGUAGAAGUAAUUCUAUAACGAAAACCACUGUACCCGAUGUUCACAACAUUAAAAGCUUUCCGGCCAUUACCGAAAGUGCAACAAAGAUGUCGAAUAUUCCAGUAACAACUAUUGCGAAUCCACAACCGCAAAGUAUUACCACAUGUGAUAAGGCUGUGCAAUCGAAUUUAAGUUAUGAUGAUAGUUUUGUGCGAGAAGUACCACCUUCCAGUUUGCAGAAAACGACCAGCAUGCAAAAUUUGCAAACUGAAUUACAUUCAAGUGCCGUACAAUGUGUUAAGACACAUGCAUCCAGUACUAUUAAACGGCAUAACCCGCAUAACAGUGCUACGAAAGACAGGCGGAGUAAAGGAAUGGCAAGGGACAAUAGCGUAUCGCAGCCUGUUGUACAUGGUGAUGAUUAUAACGAAUUACCGUUCUUUUCGCAGCUUCUGAAGGAUCCCACACAUUACAUCUCGCAGCGCAUGCCUCCUGAUAUUAUGGACGUGUCUACAAUUGAGAAAUUGCAGCUUUUGAAUUAUUCCGAUAGUGGCACCGCAUCCAAAUCCUCAAAUAGCAGUUUUCACAAGUCAACUCAAGUGUCUUAUACCCCUACCAUUACAACUGUAACGGUUGCGGCAUCCAAUGCUGCUUCUACACUUUCGGAGAAUACCACACACCAAGGCACUAGCAAAGGCAAACGAAAAAAAGGUGGUGGUAAUAAUAACAACAACAACAACAAUGCUACACUGAAAACGUCAGGUGGUGAGAUCCGGAAUGUUGUGAGUGAAACCGUGCCUGUAGUUUCGUCUGUCUGUGAUACUAGCUCUGAGAGGAAGGAAAUCAGCAGCAAUAUUAUUAAUGGGGUCAGUGAAAAUCAGAAGCAUAUGCCAUCUGAGGUCCAUGUGUCGGAUGAAACGAGAGCUUCACUUUCUUCGGGCAACACGCCUCCAGUUGUAAUACUGUCGGGUCUAUCCAAAGAGGUGCCAUCUGGGCUUGUCUUUGGUUUUGAUAUAAACGAGCAGUUGCUUCUUGAAGACUCUGGAGAUAAUAUAAACGCCACACUACCACAGCAGGGUAUGCCUAACAGCACUGCCGUCGUUAGUGAACCAAAUCUUAGUGAAAAUAAUAUUACUAAUAUCAACGUAAGGCGGUUUCCUAACCGAGGUGAUGAAUGGGACAAAAUGUAUAGACCCCACCCGAGCGAAAAACAUCCACCUAAACACAAUCAUGACAAAAUUGUGAAUUUUGUAGCAAUGGCCUGGGAAAGCGUAUUAAGUCAACAAAUUGUUUAUUAUUCAGACAGUUUAUAAGAAAAACACUUCAGGGGAUACCAAAUAAAUAGUGAAAAGUGAGAUUUAUUGACAAUAUAGUGCUUAUAUACUAUUUACGAUUUGAAUGCAAAGAUACUUUUAAUGUCGUUAUUUAUUGAAACGAGAUAAAAUAAUCGAGUAUAAUUAUGAAAUACUAGUCAAGAAUAAAAGAACUGAUCAGUCGUAUUGUAAAUGUUGCGAGAAAUGAAAGCGUUAUUUUUUUCUUAAGAAAAGCAGUGCUGUAACUUUAUUUGUAAGUUGGAAUAUAUUAUAGAAGGUACUGUGAAUUGACUUAUCCGUGAGUGAAAGUGUACCGUUCAAUACUUGAGACCCUGUUCAAAUCUGUAGUUUUAAUUGCAGAGCCGAUGGCACGAACACUUGCAAUAUUGUCAUAUAGCUAACGCAUAUGGCCCCAAUGUGCAUCCGCAUAAAUUCAGCAUUUUGGGGCCUAAGCAAUGUAAUAAUGGUUUCUUUGUAUCGUGAAGUACAUGAUUACCUGAUUUUUUUCAUCAAAUUGAUUGAGUUGGUUAUUUUUUAGGAAGCUUUAUCUAAGUUGUUCUAGCAGGUGUUUAUUUCGUCCAGCAAUAACUUAACGGUUCCAAUGUAUUUAUAUUCUCAAGAAAACAUCUAAUACUAUUAAUGAAUAUACUUUUUUUAAGCGGAUAAUUGUGACAGUUCGAUAAAUUUAAUUUUAUUCCAAGUAAAUGUAUAUGAUUAAGAGUUUCAUGUGAAAUACGUUGUUAUUAGUAACAUUUUUAUUUUCCACAUCAGGUAUUCAAAAUAACAUGCGAAAAACUACAUUUCAAAAUAUGCAAAGAAAUAAUUACUAUCUAUUUUCAGUUUCAAUGAGGAUACUUUUGUGUACGAGCUUACCAAUAUGUGUUAGAUUUGUUUUAUAUUUUAUUUGCAUUUUCAAUCCUUCACUUCAAAGAUUUUGAUAUUUAACAUAUUCAGUGAAUUAAAUAAUGUCUCUGUGACUGAGAAACUUGUUUACAAAUUAUAUUUCUUAAAACGAAUGUGUCCAAAGCAAGCAUAUUUUUGUGAUAAAUAAUGCGGAAGUUAUUGUGCUUUAGCAACGUAAUAAUAGAAAUGUUUUCUAUGGAAGGUAUGUUUUGUUGUUAUUUUGUAUAAAACAUAAUUAAAUUUCGCAAAAACAUGUAUUAAUAAUACAAAAAAUAUGUGUAAACUACUAAUAAAAUAUGUGUAAAUUAGGUAUUAUAUUUAGAAUAUGGUUAAUCUACGACCCUGAGGUGUUUUUAACAUCUUUACGUUCCUUUCAAUAAUUACAUUUUUCAGCUGGUAUUCAUGUUUUUUAGUGCAAAAUAUCGUUUUAAAACAUUUAAAAUCAAACUAUAUGGACUGCACCGCAAGAAAUGCUUAUUAGUAGAUUUGUUGACUUUAAUUCUUGUCAAAUCUUCUUGAUUUUGGGUUGUUGGGUAUCAUUGUUAGAAUGCUACCGAGUUUCAAGGUCGCAGUGCAUUGUCACACCUAGACCUACAAUAUACAAUCUGUGUUCUUCAUUUAUAAACCCAAAUUGUGAUAAUACAAAUAUUCACUUUAUUAGAAGAAAUAGCAUUCUAAAAGUAAAAAUGUUGGAAAUUGAAAAUAAUAUCAAAUCCAGUUACAUUCACUCUUCACAAGAAUGUUUAUUUUGUUUUUAUUUAAUAUCAAGUCGUUUGUCAAUAAUAAUAACUCCUAAGAAAUUGAAAGUAGUAAAUUAGACCUGAACAAUGUGUCCGGAUGCAGUCCUUACCCGGUUUGGCAUGGAUGAACUGUCUGUAAUGUCCUAAUUAAAAGUUUGGAACGUUUUGAUAGUUCAUCCCAUAAGUAAUAGACAGUACUAUUUAGCAAAGGGCAGUAAUUGCCUUUAAAUUUUAAAACUAUUUUUGUGCUCAAGUUCAUAAAAUCAAGUGAUUUUCAAAGUAUGACUUGCGAAUAUCUUCAUUCUAAACUUACUCCAAAUCCGUAUUACUUUAAAUCCGUUUUUAUCAUGUUUUUAUGGUGCAAAGUUUUUAAUGAAACUUUAAAACAGUUGCUUAAUACUCUGCUUAUAUCAUGUAAUUACAGGCUAAGCUUUAAAAGCAUUUUUGUCACCUAGUUUGCCAUUAUCCAAUUGAAUACUUAUUACCAGAAAAGACAACAAUAUGCGCGUUCAAAAAUAGUUCAGAGACACUUGUUAUGGAUAACGGAAAAUAAAAUAAUCGGAAUCUAAUCCAUAUUGGCGAAUGGAAGAAACAUUAGUAUCACGCAGCUUGGGAUACAAGAUUAAAUAUACAGGGUGACACAAAACUUCGGAGACUACUUUUUCUUAAAUUUCAGUUUUUUAUUUUUAAUAAUCACGUUUUUAUUCAACAUAAAGAUUAUACAUAUUCCAAAGCCAACAAAAUACAUAUUCUACUAUUCCAAAUGGUCACCUUCAGCCGACCUACAGGCCUGCAGACGCUUGUGGAAAUUUUUGACUAUGGUAGCAAGUGUUUUUCUGAGAUUUCUGAGUUGAGUCCCACGCCUUCAGGGACUCAACGGUGUUGUAGUUUGUAGCGCAGAUCUUUUUCUCUAUAAUCGACCAAAUUGCGAACUCUAUCGGAUUCAGGUCGGGUGAGUUGGACGGCCACAAAGUCAUGUCCCUUACGGGGAUUUUGCUGGUCUUGCAAAAAGCCAUGGUCGAUCUCACAGAAUGAGCCGGCGCCCAAUCCACCGCACUUGUCGAACACCAGCGGCGUCUUUCCGUUUUUCGAUAUUCCCGCCCACACUAAGACAGAUUUUGCAAAGUGGAGUCGCUUAUCGAAAUAAUUCGCAGUUAUGCGACCCACAAUAAUUCUUUUCGAGGAGUCCUACUCGCUUCAUUCGCUGACCCAUGUAAUGACCGCUUCCGAGCUUGUAGCUCCGAAGCUUUAGGCCUUUCCGGGCCAUUUAUCUGACCACCUCUCUGUUAAUAUCCACCUCCUUGGCCAGUUUUCCUAUGGAAUUUCCAGGAUUCCGGCGAAUCGACACCUCAGCUUGUUUAGGUUCUCCGGGGUCGUUGCGGUGGUCGGUCUUCCGCUUGGAUCCCUGUCGUGUCAACUGCUCAUACCCUUUAAUGGUUUUAUAGAUUGUGCUUCUUGGAGUACGGAGGAGUUCCGUGAUGUCAGCCGGCGACUUUCCCGAUUCGAACAGUUUUACGACGGCAACACGGUGUGUUUCACGGUUCAUGGCGAAAAACGUGAAAACAAUUUUACACGGGAAAGAAACGCUGUUUGUAGAUAAUUGAACACGUUCCAAAAUAAGUUAGCAGUCCACAAUGUCAAAAAUACGAUUAACAUUUAAAUUUACGAAAUUUGUUUCAGAACUUUUGUGUCACCCUGUAAUAGUUAAAGAGUUGUGGUACAUUUACCUGUCAUUUUAAAGUGGAUUAUUUGUAAAUCAGCAUCGUAAGGGCAAGACAGGCAUUAAAGUAAAUGGACCAUUUUUUAUCGGGAUUUCUCCAGGCUUUUAAAAACCAUAACGAAUAAUAAUAAACCUCAAGCUCGUAGAUGCCUAAUCAUAAACGGGAAAGCGUUUUUAAUUAUAAUAGAAUUGUGUACCGGCAAUAUACGAUUUCCAAAUUGAAAAUGUAAAGAGAACGUUCUUUUGUUGGUAACUUCUCCUCAGACUUACCAGAUAUAUUUUAUUCAUUCGAAAGUUGUAUUUAUUUUUUAAUGUAACAGGGUAUUUUUAAACGAAUUGUGCUGAUUUAUUUGUACAUGUAUUUUGGAGUUGAGGAGCAAGUCACGAGUCGGUUUUUCUACGGGGUGUUAAUGAUAAUAAUGAAUAAUACUAAUUAUUCUGCUUCUGCAAGUUCAUGGUCAUUGACACCCAUUAUUAUCAUGUAAAAUAGAGUUGUAUAAACACAAGGGAAUCAAGAGCUAUCAUAAUUUAAGUUAAUUAAGUUGAACUAUCAUUGCGUGUUGUUGAAUAUAAUAUAUAUGUGAUAAUUUUAUAGGGUAACAAAUUUCUCUCGCACAUUGGUUUACUGGAAUUUGGUUCCGAAAAUAGUGAACAAUAUUUUUUUGUCUAUCGUGAUGUUCCUAAGUUUUUCAUUUGCAAUCAAUCUUGUAGGAAUGUAAAUAUCUAAUAGGAAUUAAAUUUCGGUAAGUCAGUUAAGUCGGUUGAUGCAAGGUCAGGCGUUGAUUAUAGAACAUAUUGGAAAACUAACUAUCAAAAAAUUAACCAACGAAUACGGAUUUCAAUUAUGAACAAGGGACAAAUUAUGAUUUCAACAAUCACAGUUAUUCAUUAAUCAAUGCCAACGCCCUUUAUAUAAAUAGAUGAAACAUGCUGCAACAUCGACUGAUAUCGGAAAAGUGAUUGCUUAUGUGCUGAUGUUGACAUCUAGAUACAUGCAAAUUUCGAAUUGUACCUAUCAACGAUCUGGUAUUUCUGUCUUUCAUAUAUACCUAUUACUAAGUGUACCGUAUACUUAGUAAGGCAGAUUUAUCGUUAUUCGAAAUUUCUUAGAUAUAUUCUUGUAGCUAAUGUAUUGUUUACAAUUAUUUGCAUUGUUUGGAUAUAUUCAACAAAAAAGAGAGACCAAUUAUUGAAUAUUAUUGGUUGUUGUUGAUAAACUAUUUAUCUUGCCUGCAAUAUUCAAUAGUGAUCAGUCCAUAGUUUUGUUCACCAUAGAUAGAAAAAUAUAAGCAAAUACUUAGCAUCAGAUUAUCUGGUAAACAAAUAUAUGGUGGUAUUUCUUAGAUGAUGACAAAUACGUAUUGUUCUGUACGGGUACCGUGAAUAAGUAGAGCCGAGAAGGAGCAAUGCGCUGAUUAUGCUUAAACGGCAAUUAAAUUUGGCUAUAAAAUAUUGCCAAGUUAAAUUAAGUAGCAUGAAUAUACAGGGUGUCAGAAAAUGAUGCGUAAAAAAUCCAGGGGUUUUGUGGGGUUAAUUUUUAAUACCAUUUUAUUACAUAUUUAGGUUGCAGUUUUUAAAUUUGAAAUAUUUGCUGCAAAUGUUGCCCAGUAUGAAUUGAAUUAUUUUUAGAAAUUUUCGAAAACUGCUUAAGGACUUCAGAAAUUCAUUUGUCGGAUUUACACUUUUGCGAUUUUUUGCAUUAUUUUCGGACACUUUAUAUUGUUUAUUAAAUAUCCUCUUACUGUAUCCAAUCAGAACUGUUCCUAUUGUUAUUAGCUUUUGUAGAAUUCAAUAUAAUAGUAAUUUUCUCUACAUAAUUCUAUUCGAGAACUACUGCCAUAUUUGAAAUAAAAACGUUUUUUUAUCAAUGGUGGUUUAAGUUCAAACUUUUGCUAUAACAUUAGAUAGUUGGUAUCGGUAAAUAAAUUUUGUAUUGUAAAAUGAGCACAAAAUGGAUCAUCUACCAUGAACAUAAAAUCAGAACCAAUAGACGUUGGGUUAGUUGAUUAUUCAAACCGCCUACACAUUUAUAUAAUUGAAUAACUGCGAACUUAUUUAAUUUAAAUUAACUAUUUUUUAGUAAUUGUCUUGACCCAAACCAAGACAAAUUUUAAGUAAUUGUCUUGACCCGAACAGAAUAUUUAACAUUCAUUCUGGUAAAACGUUAUCAAGAUUUUAUGAUCAAUUAAGCUUCUAAGCCGAUUUAUACAGUGUAUAACAAUGAUUAAGGUUCACCCACUUUUUUGGCCUUAAACAAGUACUAAACCAAAUGAGCUCCUAUUUUUAAGAAAUACGGUACAUAUGACCCGCAAACUUGCAGCAAAAUGUGAUUUAGAAAACUUUUCUUUCAAACACAUAAUAAUUUAUUUUUCAAAUGUACGGAUUUUCAGACCGUAACAAUGAUUUAGGUUCACUUGUAAAAAUCGUAAUAGUCAUUUACGUAACCAGUAGGAUAUUAAUAUUAUUUACGUGAAAUAAAGCGAAAAUUUGCACUAUUGUGUAAUCACAUAAGUGCGUUAAUAAUAUAAUAUCCUACGUGUUACGUACAAUAUUUUAUCUACAACUAUAACAAUUAUUAUUUUAAGGAUUAUUUGAGUAAAAAUAAUUAGUUUUAAAAUUGAAUACAGAACCCAGGUAAUGAAAUGUUGUCAUUAACAUCAGAAUCAUUGGCAAAGUUGUGACUUAAAAUUACACAAAUCUGUGUUUGAAAGAAAAGCAAGCUAAAUCACAUUUCGCUGCAAGUUUACUGGUCAUAUGUACCGUAUUUCCUAAAAAGAUGAACUCAUUUGGUUUGGUAGUUUUUGAGUUAAGGCCAAGAAAAACCUAAUUCAUUGUUAUACACUGUAUAAAUAUACAUAAUGAACUUCUAUUAUACAGUGUGGUUGAUUUCAACAGAACCAGUUAGAUAUCUCGUAGAUUACAGCAAAUACAAGAAAAUGUGUAUAUAGUCGGGUAACUGCAGGGGGAAAUCCGAAGAUAUUAUUUUUUUGUGUUCAAAAUCGCCUCCCAAUACUGCAAUCAACCCAAAGACAUUAAAAUCUUAAUCUAAGGUUCAACUACUCAUUCAAAAUGUCGUAUUUAGUUGUAUUUUCAGAGAUGGGGAUGGGAGUUCGGGAAUAGUGAGGGUGAUUUGUUCUAAUCACGUUAUUUUAACAUCCACAUAGUUUACCACAUAUAGACCAUCUACUUUCUUUCGCAUUUUGUUGUAAAAAAUAUAUCAAUUUAUUAAAAAGUUGUUUUCAAGUUGAAAUUGAAAUUGAAGUUGUCCCCAUCAGGGCCCGGGCAUUAGUAUCACAUCAUUUUGGUAUAACAUUAGAUUUCUCCUCUACAACUACACACCAUUUAUAUAACACGUUUUCUUGUAUUUCAUAUCAUGUUUGACUGGUUCUUCCAAUAUGAUCCACUCUGUAUAUUUACAUCAUCACUGAUAUCAUAGUCAUCUUAAAUGUUUGGAAACUGCAGUGUUUUUCCCAAUUACAGGAAUAAAUCUAUUCAAUAAUUAAGGAAGGGAAUAGAUGAAAACCCGCGAUUACUAAGAAUCAGGCACUAAAGAAUACAAAUUAAGAAAACAUGAAAUAAGGAACUAACCCAAUUAAGAAAAGUAGUUAUCAUCAAAAUAAUAGUGUAAAGUAUGUAUAAAUAGAAAGUAAGAAAUAGAAAAAGAAAGGCUAAAAACCAACGUUUAGUUUUUUAAGACGGCUAGUUGUUUUUCAAGUUAGGCGAUUUUCAAUCUAGGUUUUUAUACGGAAUAAUUAAAUUUUGACAGUAAUUGUUCGCCAUUAAAAAGUUUCUGUCUAAUGAGCAAAGCAGAAUAGCCGAACAAUGUGCUAAAAUUCAGCCUGAAAUCUAGUCUGUUCGUCGACGUGCGCGUUUUUGAUAAUAGGACAGAUAACUGAAAUUCGUACAGUGGAUUAAAAUGUAGAAUUAAAGUAAAUUUUUAAGAUA